UUCCACACAAUCAAGAGAACUCGACCGCGGAUUGGAGGAACGGAGCUCUCUUUUUGCCUCCCUCCGGGGUUUUUCUUUUUUUUCCCCCUCUGCUUCGCUCCGGCUUCGAGAAAAGGAGGAAUUCUCCAGGGUGCUGAAUCAGUUCAGCGCGGCCAGGCUUGCCUCUGGUCCGCGCAAGCCUUUCUCCCUCUCUCUCUCUCUUUCUCUCUCUCUCUCUCUCCCCGCCCCAGCCAGCUGAAGAGGGCGUCCUGCUACGAGGCAGAAGGAGGAUCGCACUCUCUCUUGCCUCCAAAUGAUUGGCAGCCCUGCGGCCUCACUUCGCUUUCUUUUUUUCGCCGUCGCGCUGUAUUAUAGAUGAGGAGGAGCUGAAAAAUGCAGAUCUGGCAUCACACGCACACACGCACACGCACCCAUCGGAAUAAUUCCACGAGCAGCCAGCCCAUCGGAUUCCCCCUCUUCUCGAGGCUGUGAGAUGCUAAAGCAGAGCACCGCUUAAUUGGCUGUCUGCAGCCAGCCCGCUGACCGGUCCCCUUAGAGUAUCCAUAUUAUCCUUUGCUUAGCUUUAUUCCCGUUAUUGAGCCCACGAAUAUUGCCUUGCACUCCCUGUCCGAAAAAGCCAUGAAGACAGGCACUAUUCCAUGCUGCAAGACAGCUGGCCUCUUUUUACUGGGGUUCGUUCGCUUUGCCUUUGCAUCUCAAAAGGCCAUCUAUACCAACCAUUUUUUCGUUGAGUUUCACAAAGCGGGAGAAGCAGAAGCCAAGCAACUUGCUGCAGAAUACGGCUUUAAUGGGGUCAGGAAGCUCCCCUUUAUAGAGGAUGGCUACCACUUUUCCCAUAAUGGCUUAGCCAAAAGUCGAAGGCGGAGGAGUCUUCUGCACCAACUACAUUUACAGAAAGAUCCCAGGGUAAAGAAAGUUGUGCAGCAGGAAGGUUUUGGGAGAAAGAAGAGAGGCUACAGAAACAUCAAUGAAAUUGUCAUCAACAUGGACGAUCCUUUAUUUACAAAACAGUGGUACUUGAUCAACACUGGGCAAGCAGAUGGGACUCCUGGCCUUGAUUUAAAUGUGGCUGAAGCCUGGGAGCUGGGCUACACAGGAAAAGGAGUAACGAUAGGAAUUAUGGAUGAUGGAAUUGAUUAUCUUCAUCCAGAUUUGGCUGCUAAUUAUAAUGCUCAAGCCAGCUAUGAUUUUAGCAGUAAUGAUCCAUUUCCAUAUCCCCGCUAUACAGAUGAUUGGUUUAACAGUCAUGGAACCAGAUGUGCAGGAGAAGUGUCUGCUGCAGCAAACAAUAAUAUCUGUGGAGUUGGAGUGGCUUAUAAUUCAAAGGUAGCAGGUAUCCGAAUGUUGGAUCAACCAUUUAUGACUGACAUUAUAGAGGCUUCUUCUAUCAGCCACAUGCCUCAAGUAAUUGAUAUUUAUAGUGCUAGUUGGGGUCCCACUGAUAAUGGCAAAACUGUGGAUGGGCCAAGAGAACUGACUUUACAAGCCAUGGCAGAUGGAGUGAAUAAGGGCCGUGGUGGCAAGGGAAGUAUCUAUGUCUGGGCUUCUGGAGAUGGAGGAAGUUAUGAUGACUGUAACUGUGAUGGCUACGCAUCAAGCAUGUGGACUAUCUCCAUCAAUUCAGCUAUUAACGAUGGGCGGACAGCUUUAUAUGAUGAAAGUUGUUCCUCAACUUUAGCUUCUACUUUUAGCAAUGGGAGAAAGCGAAAUCCUGAAGCUGGUGUGGCUACAACAGAUCUAUAUGGCAACUGUACAUUACGCCACUCAGGAACAUCUGCAGCUGCCCCAGAGGCUGCAGGAGUGUUUGCUCUGGCCCUGGAAGCAAAUGUGGAUCUGACCUGGAGGGACCUGCAACAUUUGACUGUGCUCACAUCCAAAAGGAACCAGCUUCACGAUGAAGUUCACAAGUGGAGAAGAAACGGAGUUGGCCUUGAAUUCAACCACUUGUUUGGCUACGGGGUCCUAGAUGCUGGGGCAAUGGUUACAAUGGCUAAAGACUGGAAGACUGUUCCAGAGAGAUUUCACUGUGUGGGUGGAUCAGUCCAAGAGCCUCAGAAAAUACCAUCUGGUGGCAAGCUGGUUCUGACACUUUCAACAGAUGCCUGCGAGGGAAAAGAGAACUUUGUCCGUUACCUUGAACAUGUUCAAGCAGUUAUCACAGUAAACUCUACGAGAAGAGGGGAUUUGAAUAUCAACAUGACUUCACCAAUGGGGACAAAAUCCAUCUUGCUGAGUCGGCGGCCAAGGGAUGAUGAUUCCAAAGUGGGCUUUGACAAGUGGCCUUUCAUGACUACACAUUCUUGGGGAGAAGACCCCAGAGGUACUUGGGUUCUCGAAGUUGGGUUUGUUGGGAUCUUCCCCCAAAAGGGAGUCCUGAAAGAAUGGACAUUAAUGCUACAUGGAACUCAAAGUGCACCCUACAUAGACCAAAUAGUGAAAGAUUACCAGUCUAAACUGGCCAUGUCCAAGAAGGAGGAGUUGGAAGAAGAAUUAGAUGAAGCAGUAGAGAGAAGUCUCAAAAGUAUAUUAAACAGGAAUUAGCACUACUUUGCAUGUCAAAUGGCUAGAUUUCCUCUUUGUCCUUUCCUGUAUGUUCCCAUUAGGCAUAUAACAUUCAUAGUCUCUCGAUCACUAUCCAACCUUUUCAUUCUACAAUGGUGCAUUGUCUAAUUUAACUACCGUGGAAAUUUCUGAAUUCUGAGCCACAAAUAUAUGAUUACAAACCAAUUACUUUGCAAGAGUGUAUGGCUAUAACUAUUUUCAUUUGAAGACAAAUUAUUUCGGGAUUGGGGUAUUUUAUUUUGUUUUGCUUCAUUUGACCUUAUGCAUCAUGAAACAACCAGCUGGCAAAGUUGUGGCCAUAUUUCUUUAUAUAUAUUUUUAUAGCAGAUACAUAAUUUACAAUUUUAUUUUAAAUUUUGGAAGAGGGCUUGCUGAUGUAGACUUGCUGAAAUAUUUCCAGUUAUUAAAAAGGGGGAAUAAAUAUCAAAAUUUGGGGUACUAAAUUAUAUUUUAUUUAUGUUUCCAUGAAUUGCUUUGAAAUUAAACAAAAGCAGCUGCGAAAUCUUGCGUCAUUCUCCUGCUGAAAAUUUUCCUCAUUGCUGGCUGCUAUUGGCCUUUGAAAAGGCUAUAUUCACUAACCAAUAUCUUCACCAGCAUUUAGCAGUAAGAGAGAGAUUUUUUUUUUUUGCAGGAAACUGGUGCAACUGUUUAUUUUAUUUAUUUAUUUAUUAAAUUUGUUCACUGCCACAUGGCAACGAAGGUUUAUGUAGUUUUUUUCCUUAAAAAAAACCCCACUCUUUUCCCCAAAACUCAACAAAACUUUAAGCACAGUUAAAAAAAAAAAAGUCUAAAAUACAGUUUGGUCCUAAGAUCAGUUCAAGCACAUUCCCAAAGCCAAUAAAAUAAGAAUCAUAGCUUGUCAAUAAUUAUAGAAUACUGACUCUGUUAUGCAUUAUCACAAACUGCAAACCUAUAGUAUCCUUGAACUAAGCCCAUUGAAUUCAGUGGGAGUUAAUUUUGGUUAUAUAAGAAGGAAAUUGCCCUGAAAUAAAUAGAUGAAAUUUAUGGGCAAGCUAGUUUUCUUUUCUAACUCCCUCAUGUGAACAGAUGUAAUACAGAGGUGGGUUUCAGCAGGUUCUGACCAGUUCUGGAGAACCGGUAGCAGAAAUUUUGAGUAGGUCGGAGAACCGGUAGUAAAAAUUCUGACUGGCCCCACCCCCAUCUAUUCUCUGCCUCCCGAGUCCCAGCUGAUCGGGAGGAAAUGGGGAUUUUGCAGUAACCUUCCCCUGGAUUGGGGAGGGAAUGGAGAUUUUACAGUAUCCUUCCCCUGCCAUGCCCACCAAGCCAUGCCACGCCCAGCAAGCCACACCCACAGAACCGGUAGUAAAAAAAUUUGAAACCCACCACUGAUGUAAUAUUAAAAAAUGGAUCAAGCAAGCUAAUCCUUGAUCCCAGUUUGCCAAAUCAUGAAUUAGGAAAACAGUGCAGUGACAGUGAUAGUGACUAUGGUGGGAUUCCACUAGUGAUAUGAAGCAUCUUCUAGUGACCUAUUCCUACCUAUGAAGCAAAAUAUAGCCUCUCCUUAUUAUUGUUAUUUCAGCACAAUAAUAGUUGGAUAACACUAAAAGGUGUUCUAUGUGUCUUUGAGGAUCCAACCUUUCUCUUUUCAAAGGCAAAGAAUGAUUAUUUGAUUGGAGAGAGAAAUAAGCAUUUUUACCAAUGCCUCAUGCCCAUUUCUUAUCUCUUCUCAUCUUUGUCACCUAAAAGAACUUUGACCUUAAACACCAACCUUCUGUUUAUGAUCAUGAAAAUUGCCCUGGUGGAUUCCACAGGAAUGAGACCCAUUUUACAUCAAGCACAUGAAAUGGACAGGCAUAGUAACCUGCCUGGCAAAAUUAUUGACCCAAAAUCCUGUGGAGAAAAUACUCACAAAACAAUUAAUGAUCAUCUUUCUCCUCACUAAUAUUCUCAUAGUGAGGAGAAAUGAUGGGAAGGACUGCUUAAUUUUAAUUUAAUUUUAUUUAUUUAUUUUUUUUGCAAAAUUUGGGGAAGUAGGGGGAACGAAGCUCUUCUGUUCCAUAGAAAUUCCAGAUUGCAGAAAUCAGAAUAGUGUCUGAAAUUCAGCGUAAAGAGAGUUUAAUGCCAAGGAGGUAGCGUUAGCUAUUCCUUGCCUGCAUUCAGAUUGAAUUAUAAUGUCCCUGGACACUUCUUAGAAUCUUCAUUCAGUACAGAUAUUAAAAGAGAUUGGAUGGGGGAAAAUUUCUUAUGUGAGAAUUUGGACUGUGUGAAAUGAAAGCAGAAGCAAGCACAAUUUGGUGCUCACAUUAAUGGCUUCAAAACUCAGCAAGUAAUGUUGUUUUACCCUUUCCUUGAUGCUUUCAUACUGGGCUUUGGAUUCUUAGCAGCUUUCCAAUUUUUUGCUUCUGCUAGUGCUCUGCAUGCAAAUAAUGACUCUAAUGAAAUGUGGAAUAAUUAGUGUCUAAUUCUCAAUGCAAAAUGCAUUAGGGCACACAUAAUUUGUGCAGUGUUUCAUACAAAUUUAUGGGCUGCAAUAAUGUUUGAUCUGUCUCUCACACUUCUUUGUGUUUCUCCAGUCUAUCUUUUUAAUGUGUGGUAUUUGCAAAGAUAAAACCUCAAGCAUUUCUGUUACAAACCUGGCUAUUCGGAAGUGGGUUUUGGAAAUUUAUAAAUCAAAGACAUGGAUUAAUGAAGCCUUAGAACCAAAAUAGUCUGGAGAUAUAUAUGUAGAUCUAUCCCUUGAUCUCCCAGAUACAGGAAUCAGUGAAAAAUAAGAACACCAAUACUUGAGAUUAAAAACCAUCAUAAAUCCAAUCAUUCAAAAAAGAAAAAGGGAAUAAAAGCCAUACAAUUUAAAAGCGGAAUAUAAUAAGUAAUAAUACAGAACUAAAAUGGUUAGUGGUACAAAAAUAAAGCAAGCAGUGAACCAAUCUCAUUUCUUUUUAGAAUGAGUUCAGCAACUAGAGUUUUGCAACUAAAAGACCUUUCUUUUUCUACUCACUGAUUAGCGUCUCAGGUGGACCAAAAAAACUCAGUUUGUAGAUCAAAGCCAGCACCUUAAUGUAACAAGUCCUACAAAAGCUCUCCAAUAUAUACAAUAGGUGUAGAAGCCACAUUUUUAUUUUACCAACUCAAGUUCAAAAACAUUUCAUCGGCAAUUUUCUGUUGAGUAUGUAAUAAUAAUCUCAAAAAAGGAACAAGAGCAUGAAACGGCCUGAUGUCCAUUCUUCAAAGAAAAUAACCACUGGUUUAUUGCUAAAACUGGGCACAGAUUGUCCUGGCCCUUUUGUCUCUUGAUUCUGCAAGAACAACUCGGGACCCCCAGGUUUAAGUACUUUAUAUUUUUGAAAUAAUGUCAAUCCAUAAAAUAUUGUAUUCUCAAUUCCAGAUCAGUAUAUUGGUUGACCAAUAUCUCUGACUUUCCAUCCUCCAGCAACAUUUAUUGUAGGAUCUUCAUGGAAUCCUAAAGAGAAUUUAGCUAUUACUUAUUACAUGUCUCUGGUACAAUUCCAACUUUUUAAAAUUAGGAUAAUUAUGAGGGACAUUACUUAAAAUUUAGUUUGAAAAUUGAAGACUUUGGCUACACAAAGUUGAGCUCUUCAAGGGUUAAUUCAUAAUGGAUACUUAAAUAUUUCUCAACAACUCCAUACAACCUGAAAGUGUGUAAUUUUGUCAGGGACAAGAUCACAUGGCACCAUUAUUUCAUUUGUUUUGUAUUAAAUCAUUCCUUGCUUAACUACACCAACUGUAUCAUUCCAUCACCUUUUAUCUUUCUGCCUUUCGUCUCAGAAGGCCAGUGGGAUCCUUCUGGAGGAAAAACUAUUGUUUCUUCAAGAAAAGCAAUGUUAUAUAAAGCCCUGAAUAGAACGGUAAAAAGUAUAAGACAAACAAAUUAGAAUAAAUUGGGUUUAUGGCAACUAAUACCCAAUACUUCUUUUGUACAGAGAUGAGAUAGAGAAAUAAAAGUGAUAGAGACAGAAACAACUGAUACUGCAGAACUUCUUUGAUUUAGCCUCUGAAAUCUCAAGAAGAAUUUCAAAUUUCAGCUCUGAGAAAGCUUCUGCUGUUCGACACGUCCUUUCAGUCCCUAUCUUCCAUCUUAACUUAACAUUGUGCUACACUGACAAAAUCCACUGCCAAUGUAAUUUUCCUUUAUUUCCUGCUUACCGUAUUUUUCGGAGUAUAAGACGCACCAGAGUAAAAGAUGCACCUUAGUUUUUGGGGAGGAAAAUAAAAAAAAAAGCUGAUUGGCAGGUGGAUUGGCCUCCCUGAAUACCCCCAAUCAGCUCAUUCACCAGAGGUGAAUUUUAGUAAUAGGUUCCUUGUUUAUGAGCUCUGUGCCUUGCUUUUUUUUUUUUUUUUGUUUUUUUUUCUGCCUCUGAAACUUCUGAAACUCCAUUUCAGAAAAAACUUUUUUUUCCUGCCUCUGAAAGCCUCCAAAACAGAGCUUCAGAAAAAAAGCCUCUGAAGCUCUGUUUGGGGGCUUCUUUUCUGAAGCUCUUUUGGGGGCUUCUUUUCUGAAGUUUCUUUUCUGAUGCUUUUUUCAGCCUCUGAAACCUCUGAUUGAGAAGCUGGGCGGGGCUACAUUUGGAGUGUAAGAUGCACCCAGAUUUUCACCUCUUUUUUUGGGGGGGAAAGGGGCGUCUUAUACUCCGGGUCUUUCUCUGUGCCCUGAAAACUUUUCUUUUCCAUCAAGAAGGGCUGGCAUGACCCCCCCUUUUUUUAGUUUUUUAGCUUUUAAUCUGUCAAUGGGUUUUAAUUCAGAUUGUUUUAAAUUUGGGCCAAAGUAUGUAAUUCUUUUAAUAAUUUUAAAUUUUGUAUUGGUAUGUGUUUUAGUUUUGGCUGUGCACCGACCUGAGUGUGCUAGGAGAAGGGCAGUAUACAAAUUGAAUAAACUGAAUUAAAUUGAAUUGAAAAAUACAGUAAUUUGAAAAAAUAGGAGUGUUUACUCUUAAAUAACUCUUGGGAUUAUACUUCAAGGGUUAUAUUUUCUGCCUAUGAAUGACUGAUGAAUGACUGAUCUAUCUGAUUAUUUCCAAUAUCAAAUCAUACUUACAGCAUCACCCUUUAUUUGCUCCCUUCGCCUUUCCUUGUGGAGUUUUAUUUAUUUACAAGACAAACAAUUUAUUCUAAUUUGUUUGCCUUAUACUUUUUACCUUGCAGGUUCAUGCAGGUACCAGGUUGCCUCUCUCUGAAGUGGAAAAUGUUGAGCUGGCUCAAAACGGUGCAUGUAAACUUUCCAAAGUGUCUUCCUAAUCAGACCUAGAAAAUCUGCUGAAUUUCAACAAGUAAUCCAGAGUAGAGGGGAUUUAUCAGGGGUGAAAUCCAGUAGGUUCUGACAGGUUCUGGAGAACCGGUAGCGGAAAUUUUGAACAGUUCAGAGAACAGGCAAAUACCACCUCUGGCUGGCCCCAGAGUGUGGUGGGAAUAGAGAUUUUGCAAUAUCCUUCCUCCAGGAGUGGGGAGGGAAUGAGAAUUUUGCAGUCUCCUUCCCCUGGAGUGGGGUGGGGAUGAAGAUUUUGCAGCGUCCUUCCCCUGCCAUACCCACCAAGCCAUACCAUGCCCACAGAACCGGUAGUAAAAAAAUUUGGAUUUCACCACUGGGAUUUAUGUUAUAUACAGUAUACAACUAUUAUAGCACAACUCACAGCCCUUUACAUCUAUUUAUUCUAGUUCAUUGCAGGAGCCUUCUCGGUAAGAUGUUAAUUAUUAGUUUCUUACAAAACAGAAGAUAAAACUAAAGUUAAAGUGCUUGCCAGAUGGCUGACUAGACACAGGGGGCAAAUUAAUGGGCAGAUGAUAAAGCAAGUGGAUCUUCUACUGGAAUAUCUGGAAGUGAUUUUCAUGCCCCAAGAUCAUGGCAUGCUCAGCUGUCAUAUGUAGGGAAUAAUGCUCAAAAUGCUUCCCUUGCCAUCUUGAGAUUUUAUUGCAGGGCCAGGGGCUCUGUGUCUAUAUCCCUUCGGUGUUAACAGUUCCUAAUGCCAAAGUUUUAUGAACCGUGGAGUAUAGAGUGCAGACUCAUGAGUAUCUCGACUUUCCCUACGGGAAGCCACAGGUUAUCCAAAAUAAUUAGGGAUUUUUGCUGCUCCAAAACAUGACUUUUGGCUUGGAAGCAGAAAAGACACAUUUUGUUAUUUGAUCUUUUUUUUUUGCCAGGAAAUUUAGCCACACUUGACUUUGCUUGAUUCUUUCUACUCUGCCUGACCAGUUCCUGUCAUGGGUAAAUUGUUAGAAUUUAUGGGAUUUAGCAAUAAAGGGACAUUAAAACAAUAGAUUUUGGAUGUAGACUGCGGGAGAAGUUGGGAGCACCAGGCUAAUCAGUCAUUUAAAGCAGUGUUUCUCAAACUUGGCAACUUUAAAAUAUGUGGAUUUCAGCUCCCAGAAUUCCUCAGUCAGCAUGCCUGGCUGGGGAAUUCUGGGAGUCGAAGUCCACAUAUCUUAAAGUUGCUAAGGUUGAAACACUGAUUUAAAGCAUUUUGAAAAUCUGGUUUCCCAUUGGGCUCCAGCUUCUAAACUUUACUCUCUGAGGAGUCCUUUGUGCUCUCUGAUCUUGGUUGUUUUCUUGCAGGCAUUUCAUUACCCAAACUAGGUAACACCAUCAGUGCUAGGAACACUACUACUUUGGGUGAUGAAAUGUCUGCAAGAAAGCAAGCAAGCAAUCUCAGAGAGCACCAAGGACUCUUCAUUUCAACCUUGAGCUUACAAAUAUUCUCCUUUAUUGGUCUUUAUUCUCUGCAGUCCCAAAAAUUAAGAGCAUUCUUAUUGGCAAAUAUGCAGGGCAUACUAGACUGCAUCUGCCUUUAUGGUUUGGAUCAGGCAAAUACUUUACUGACUUCUUUCUAUAUUGCUCUUAUUACAAUGGCAGUGGUUUGAUUCUGAUUGUCCCUUUACUAUCUGAGCUGCCAGGGUCCACUGGCGCCUUUUAUGCAGUUUAUCUGUUAACCAGUAGAACUAUUAAUCACACAUAUAGGGUUGCUAGGUUUUGUGCUACUGGUUUGCAUCCCUCAAAGGUUAAUGAUUGCUUGGCGCUGAAUGCAGGCCCUGGGUCGCCAUGGUUCUUAUCUCUUUUAAUUUUAAUUCAAUUUUUAUUUAUAUUCUUCCUAUUUUCUUUCUCUCUUUAAAGAAUGGACGGUGUUUACUCUCAAUAGUGCUGGUCUUGUGAUGGUAAUAAAAUGAGAAUCUGUUCAAUUAUUUCGUGAUUUAUUUGCACUUGUGCCUUGUGGUACUGGGCACAGUCAAAGAUAUAUUUCCUUUGCAAAGUAAAAACUAAUCGUAUGCAUUUUUCACCAAAUCAGUUUAAACAUUUACUUUUCUUUGUUAAUUUGCAAUGAGUAAACUGGUUAUUUGAGGGUAACUAUUAUAGUUACUAUAUUACAACUUUUAAAUCUCCCAGUAUGAUUUAAUUUAUGAAGCUCCACUGCUGGAUAUCAAAAAGGCAUGGCUAGUUAUAUGCUUGAAUAAAAAAGGAGAUUGUGCAUUCCAGGUAAAGCUUCAUAACAACAUGUAAACAAUUAUGAUGCACACCAGCCAAAACUGAACUUUGUUGACCAAAUAGAACAUGGAACUCAGUGGGGGGGCUGCCACCGGUUUGCUCCAGAUCGGGCGAACUGGUAGCAGCGGCGGUGGGAGGCUCUGCUCACCCGCGCCAGACACUUCUGUGCAUGCGCAGAAGCAUCACGCGUGUGCACCCACAAGCAAACCGGUAAUGACGGGUUUUGAAACCUGCCCCUGAUAGAACUUAAAUGUAUAUUCUGACAAUAUGGGAAUCAUGUUUUACGGCCAAAAAUUGGCCAAAAAUUGUUCAUAACCUGAAACUCCACCUGCGUCGUGGCUCCUUAUUCUUUUUUGGGAUAGUCAGUGUCCAUAAUGUGCAAAGACAUGCAGGCCCUGGGACCGUAGGAAUCCUGUGAAUGGCGAGACUUGAAGAAAAAUAGAAACUACUGUAUAUUCUCAAACUGUGUACUGAUCUGCAAAUAUUUGCAUUAUUACAUUAGUUCUGGAUUUUUUGUUUGUUUAUUUGUUUGCUAUCAUGAAUGGAAAUUGGUACACCUUUUUAAACCCAUGAAUGUAAAAAAGAGUACAUUGGGGCUUGUUCUAUUCUCAGAUUUUUGCAUGAACGUGAGUGUUUUAAUAACCAAAAGAGAAGGAUUUUAAUAACCAAUCCCUUCUGAUGACAGCAUGAAAAUUCUCAGCCACAAUUGAGCACACUUUAAAAUUAGAGACUUCCAAUUCCCUUUGAUGAGAGAAGUACAUUAUAACCAUAUGCAUCAGCAUUUGUGCGUAUUUUUGCAUGAAACAGUGGAAAACAAGGAAGCCUUUGGAUAAACAAGUUGCAUGGCCAUAAAUUCUCCCUAAAGCUAAUUAAGAAUAGACUUCCUUUGAAUCUUGUUGUUUUUGUUUAAACCAUGAUUUCUUAAAAAUUAAUGAGCAUAUAGUAUGAACAUGCAUAUCUGAGAGUAGAAUUUGCUUCUACUGUGAUGACUGUCAACUCUAUUCUAGUCCUGCAUGAAAUCAUUGCUCCAUUGGAGACGAAUAUCCCUAUUGGCAUAAUGCAUUUUCAUCAAAUUCAGCAGUAGCAGGGAACCGAAUACUGUAGGCAUUGCAGCUCUUUCCUUGCUGGUUCAGUUCAUCUAUACUUACAUAUGUAACCGUUUAAACCUUUGAAAUUUAAACAUUUAAACUUUUGCUAUACUAUAUGGAAUGUGUAGUAGUAGCAUACUGGCAUUAUCAUAUGUUAUAUAUUUAUAUAGACACGUCCUAUUGUAAAUAAGAGUAAGAAUUUAUUGCAUAUAUGCAUACAUACGUAUGUGUGUAUGCAUUUCUAACAGAUGUGCAGAGCCCAUGCAAAUUUAUUUACUGUGAAAGCAAAAAUCACAAUAAUGUCUCAGAAAGCCUUCUAAAUGACAAUGGAGGGGCUUAUUGAAUUUAUAUGUAGAGAUGCCAUUGCUGUGAUGUAAGUUUUCCAUUUGAACAUUAAAAGUCUUAUAUUGUAGCAAAAUAACUAAAUGGGUGUAUAUAUUUUCAUAAUCCCAAUGGAAAAGCAAUGCUAAGGAGCAAUGGCACAUUUUGAUAUCAAUAGUAUUAUUAUGUAGAUAGAUUCAAUUUGUAGGAUUUUAAUUUAUUGUAUGCAUCAGUAUGCAGUUAUGAGUCCUUUUUGUGAUACUGCUGAUGCAAAAAUGAUGUUUAUUUAUCAUAAUUGGUUUUUUUUUUUAAAGUGGGAGUCAUAGGAUUAAAUUGUAUACAGGCAAUGAACUAUGAAGCCCUGUGCUAAUGUUUUAUAAUAUGAGUAAAAAUAAAGAGAUGUUGUAAAGCAGUA